AAACACCACAUCAGAAACAAAAACAAAAAAUCACAUAAGUAAGAAAUAAAACUAGACUGUCAAAUCUUCAUAAUCUAUCUCUCUUUCUAUUUUCUCUCUGUGUUCUUCCCUUUUCUCUAUCUCUCUCUCCAAAGAUUCGAUUUGCCGAUCAUUUCAGCUAUUUCAAUUCUCUCUCUAUUCAGAAUUAUGUUCACAAAUUUUCAAGGAUCUACUUUUGCUGGCCAGUUUUGAAUUGAAAGAGGAGAAAAUGGAAGGGGAUACACAAUUAGAUGGCAAAGUUGUGCAGACAUUUCAGAAGAAUUUUGGUCAAGUACAGAAUAUACUGGAUCAAAAUAGGCUAUUAAUCAAUGAGAUUAAUCAGAAUCAUGAGUCCAAAAUCCCUGAUAAUUUGAACAGAAAUGUUGGUUUAAUUAGAGAGCUUAACAACAAUAUCAGAAGGGUAGUUGAUAUCUAUGCAGAUCUUUCAACUUCUUGCACUAAAUCUGCUGACGCUUCAUCUGAAGGAGAUUCCAGUGGAUACAAGAGGAGUAGGCCUAUUUAAACUGGCCCUAGAGAUUUCUCGAUUAUUGAAAAAAGUGAAUCUUUUAUUAGUGUACUCUUUUAGUUCCCCAGCAUUAUUCAAGAAUCUCCCACAAAAAUAAUGAACCCACCCCUCAAUAUGCUCCAUUGUCAAUGUUGUAACUGAAUAUCUAAUUGAAGUAAGAAUGUAUGUACCUUCUAAUCUUUCUGGUAAAUUCUUUUUUCUGAUUA